AUGGGAAAAGCUGCUGUAGACAUUCACAUUAAAACGCCUAAACACAAAAGAUUCGAAAAAGCCCUUCAACAAAAUAAAAAAUUGACAAUUUGCAUUCUGCUCCACAAAUGGAUUAUUGCCAUUGGUAGACCGGACCUGUUGCCAAGAGGGAAAGCAAUCAUCAGGAAAAACUAUAGAGUAUGUGAUAAACAUUUUUCAGAAAAAAGCAAGUUUCCAGCUUAUAAAAACAGAACCAAUUUAAAGUAUAGAUCAGUGCCAGAUUUACUCGUAAAAGGACUUCAAAAUACUAAGGAUGAGCCAGAGCAGGAAUUUGACACCUUUAUUCCAACCCCGAUGGAGUGCUCUCCCACAGAAGAAUCUGAACUUUCUGCAAUGCCUGGUUCAUCUUUACAAAAUUCUGUCACAAAUACCAGUAAAACUUUAAAACCUGUUAGAAUCUCCAAUCCCAGAUCCUCCCUUCUUAAAUCCCUUAAUAUUACAAGAAAAGCAAUGUUAUCGCCAAAAGCCCAUAAAUUAUAUGAAAUAAGUGCUUCCCUUAAAAAAUAUGCAAGAAGGCUUAAACAAAAAAAUGAGGACAACAAGGAUAGAAUUAAAGAAGCAUUAAAAUUCGCCCAGUCACCUGAAUACCUGCAAACCUUUUUGAACAAAACAACAUACAAUUUUGUAAUGUCCCAGUUAAACUCCCAAAACAAAAAGUCGAGGGGGCGAAGAUUUAGCUUGGAAGACAAAAUUUUCGCUCUAAGCCUUUUAAAACAGAGCCCUAAAGGUUAUAGGCUUUUAAAAAAAACAUUUGCUCUUCCAAGCAGAAGAACUUUAAUGAGGGUUCUAAAUAAGGUGCCAUUUUCACAAGGGCUAAAUAUGGCUAUAUUAAACAGCCUUAAAACCGCCAUUGCCCAAAUGAAGCCUCUAGAAACAUACUGCAUAUUCCUUUUUGAUGAGAUGUCAAUUGAGCCCUCAUUACAUUUCAAUGAAUCAAACGACACCAUAGAAGGAUUCCAAUAUGGCACCAAGACACCGAAAAUUGCCGACCACGUUAUGGUUUUCAUGGCUAGAGGCAUUUAUAAGAAAUGGAAGCAGCCAAUCGCCUAUUUUUUUACAGAGCACGGCAUGAGUGCAGUAGAUUUAGCUUACAACAUUAAAAGUAUUAUUUCCGCUCUCCAAAACAUUGGCCUUAAUGUGGUAGCAACUGCCUGCGACCAAAUGUCCACAAAUAUUAAGGCCAUUAAAUUACUGGAGGAAGAGACAAGGACCUCUUUUUUAAAUACAGGAGAUGAAAAUAAAUACAUGGGAUUUUGUGUUGAAAAAAAAGAAAUUGUUCCUCUUUUCGACUUUCCCCAUUUAUUAAAAGGAGUUCGAAAUAACCUUCUUAAUAGGCCAGCAACAUUUAUUUGGAAAGGAGAAGAAGAAACUUCCUGUUGGGAAGACAUCAUAAAAAUUUUUGAAAUUGAUGUGGGGGACAGUGAUUUCAAAAUGCUUAAUAAAAUCACGGAGCAGCACGUUUAUCCAGCGAAGAUAAAGAAAAUGAAAGUAAAAAAUGCUGCCCAAGUUUUCUCUCAUAGGAUGUCGUCUACCAUGAGAGGGAUUUAUAGAUUAGCCCCUGGAGUACUUCCUGAGUCUUCCCUAGGCACUGCCAAUUUUCUUCUUUUUUUUGACAAGUUGUUUGAUUCUGUCAACGGUUCAAAGAUGCAGCCAGAAGCUGGAAAGGAGUUGAGGUGUGGUGUUACUAAGGAAUCCGAACAUAAGAAAUUUUGGGAAGAGGCGUUAACUGUUCUUAAAACAAUUAAGUUUAAGAAAGGAGGAAGUUCAUACGUACCCCCAACAAUAAGAAAUUGGAUAUGGUCAAUAAAAAAUUUAAUUUACCUGUGGGAAAAACUAAAUUCUCUUGGUUUUAAGUACUUAUGCCCAAGAAACUUAAAUCAAGAUCCGGCGAUGAUUUUAAAUAAUUUUAUGACAAGUCAUUCUCCAGGGGCAAACUGCGAGGAGGAUGACAGCGAAGGGGCACUAAGCCAUUUGUUGGAGUUUUUAGAUGCAGAUUUGCCCCAAAAUAUUGUGGAGAAAAGUGUGGAGCCUGUAUUAAAUACAACAAAAUUUAAUUUUAAUGAAUCUCCCACUCUGGCACUACAGACAAAUGCAUAUAUUGCAGGUUACAUGGCCAAAAAAUUUUUUAAACAAAUCGGCAAUUGUGGUAUUUGCAAAAGUCUGUUAGUGUCAGAAAAUAAAGAAAUUACGAACUUUCACAUAAGAGAACGGGAGUUUCAUAGUAACGCAUUACUAAAACCCAGAACCCACUUUACAAAAUUAUUUUCUCAAUGUGUUCAGGAUUCGAAAAAGUCGAUGAUCAAACGGCUAAUGGAAUCAAAAAUUGUUGAUGGACUGGAAAAAAGUGAAAUCAAACUUUCAAAAUGUCGGGGACAAGGAUACGAUGGAGCUGCUACAAUGAGUGGAAUUUACAACGGGGUUCAGAAGAAAAUUCUUGAUAGAGAAGAAAAAGCCAUUUACGUUCAUUGCGCAGAGCAUAGACUCAAUCUCGUUCUCAAUGAUGCCUCGACGGGUGCAAUACCUGAAGUCCAAAGAUUCUGGGAGUUAAUUGAGCAAAUUUACGUUUUUUUUGCAAACAGUAUCAAAAGACGACUCUGUCCAACUCGAUGGUCAUCCCGGAACGAUUCUUUACAAGCUGUCGCAUUCAGGUACUGUGAUAUUUUGAAAGCGCUGUCUAAAAUCAUCCUCAUCAGUAAUUCUAAAACUGAGCGAAAUGAAGCGAUUUAUAUACGUAAAGAGAUGGAAAAUUUCGAAUUUGUUCUUCAAGUUGUUAUGCACACGAAGGUUCUGACGACAACGAACCUGGUUACGAAAGCUCUUCAACGGCCAGACGUCGACCUUUCUCAUGCAAAUGUUUUACUUGAGCGAGCGUAUCAAGAACUACGAGUAUUCCGAAAUGACUACGAGGGAGCGAAAACAAAGGCGGUCAAACUGAGUGCUGCUUGGGGAGUCAAGAGUUUGAAGGAUGUCAUCAAAACUUUUCGAGUUCUCCAACCUGAAGAAUUGACAAAAAUGACGGAUCAAGAAUUGUUCAAAGAAGCUGUGAAACUUGAGGAUACUUAUGCUGAAGACAUCGGUGACAGAUUUCCUGAACAGUUGAUAUCGCUUCGAUCGUGUCUCAAAAAACGAAUUGAGAAACUAAGUUCUGUUAAGCAACUUGCGGAUUUAUUAAUCGUUGAAAAUGCUGCUUUGUCUACAAGUUUUCAAGAAGUUUGUACAGCUGUGAUUUUGUUUUUGACUAUUCCGGUCACAGUUGCAACGGCUGAGAGAUCAUUUUCCAAAUUGAAAAUCAUCAAAACUUAUCUUCGAAGUACAAUGGGCCAGGAGCAUUUGAGUUGCUUGAGUAUUCUGUCCAUCGAACAUAAAAUUGCCAAUCGUUUGAGAAGUAACCUCGAUCAAAUUAUUCGCAAGUUCGCUGAUGCCAAAGUAAGGCGUAUUAAAUUCUGA